CUUUAUUCUUCCUCUUCUUUCUUUCAAAUUAUACAGCAUUUUGAGGGGGAAAUUAUUUGGAAAUCUCUCCGGCAGUGUCAUGUUCCCUUCUUCUGAAUCUCAAUUAUUUUAGACUUCACAAUACAAAGGGGGCCAUCGCAUCGCACAGCCUCCACAGAAUAUUAUUUUUAUAUCUCACUGUCUUCUUUUGGUACCUGCCGAGCAAGAUCCUCGAAGCACGCUUCGUGAGAUUAUGAAAUGUGGAAAGCGAGUCAUCCGCCUACUCCCAAAGACAUGGCAAACCCCCGGUCAAGGGGGCCGAGAUUUACAAUUGAGCGCAACAAAGAACAAGGGUUUGUGAGCCCACAUGUACAGGAAAUGAAUUAUGAGAACAAUCCAUACGGACGAUCAUUUCGUUCAUACAAUGCUAUGGAACCGCCGCCCGCGAUUGGCAAGGAGCCACGCAUAGCAUCCUCGAUUUACUCUGACUGGGAUUCUGAUAACGAACGUCGACUCACAAAGCCCCACGUUUAUCUUGACCGUUCCUCUGAAUAUCGCGAUAGUCAGUACACUGAUGCAUCGCCGCCUGUGUCGCCAAUGCCUGGCCAGUAUAGAAAUACUACCGGGAAUGAUAGCCCAGACAUAUCUCCUAUAGAAGAGUUUUUUGAACCUGCUGUUCAAUUUCCCCGUGAAAAAAUCAAUUUUCCCGAUGCAGUUCCGGUCUCUCAGAAAUUUGCGAAGGCGCCUCAAAUGACAAAGGACGACCCAAACGCCGGUGCCAUCCUAAAAGGCAGACGCGGAUUUUCCGGACCGCACCCUGCUCGAAAAACAAAGUGGGAUGAGUUUUCAGGCGAACCGACCAAAAGCGAUCGCGGCAAGUUUGCCCAAGUUUCCCCAAAGAAUCCGCAUUUGCCAGUGUUAUCACAUCUCAAGCCUUCGCAGAAGCACCCUUUCGGUUUCUUUACAAGAAACAAGGAUACAAAUCAAGGCCACAGGCGAGCCCCAAAGCUUGACCCAGAAGAUCCGGCCUUGGUGCCUCCUACUCGUCCACCGUGGAAAGGCGCUAGUGGAAGGUCUGCCAUUUUGAACCCGAUUUCGACCAAAAAGCCAUCCGCAGAGGAACCAUUUAUUCCCCCACCCAGGAAGGAUAGUCGACCUCAACCAGUCGAACCGCUGCACACUACACCAGCAGGGCUUUCAACCACCUCUUUAAAGGCACCAUCCGACUCGGUAGCGCCAUUUAGAAUGGAUACCUUCGAUUUCGCGACAUCGCAGAGUGGUAUACAAGAGGAUACCGGUUACGCGGCGGACUCGAUGAAUGGGUCCAAUGGACAGAAUCCAUCUACAAUGCUCAAUAGUCUGCCAGACCUUUCGCAUCCCCUUCGUAGCGAAGCUCGAAUACGGGACGUCCCGUUCGAGCCGGAUUACAUGAAGCUGGAAAGCCUAGACUUGGAACCUCAGCCGGUGAGCCGUUUCAGUAUGACGACUUUCGCGACCACCGAAGUAGGCACCCCACCGCAAUCUUCUCGACGAAGCAACGAGAAAGAUGCUCCGCCUCUCCCAGAUAUCCCCACCGAUAUAGCGGCCAAAGCUGCUAGGAUGACGGCGCGAAAGCCUACUCCAUCCCAGCUGUCGGCGGUUACUUCGAAGUCGUUGCCACGGAGCCCGCCAGAAGCGGAGGCUAACAAUCGCAUCGAAGCAAUGGAGGCAAAACUUCGCGAUCUUGCCCGAAGACGCGGUAAUAUCAACACCAUCAUCAACGAAUUGACACAAGUCAUACAGCCAAGUUCAAUCGCUUACGAUUUUGCGACUCGUGCUGAAGUUACGAAGACCGUGAAGAGCCUUAAUAACGAGCUAGACGAUAUCAAGAAAGAUGAGCACGAUAUCGGGCUCAAACUUCAUCGGGCGUAUAAGAAGAAGGAUGAAGAGGAUGAGUACGAAGGGUCUGGAUUAUGGAUUAAGAGAGUCACCAGCUAAAAUGGCUUCGACUGAUGCAGCCGGCGUCAUGACCCUUGCAUAGUAUUCAUACAAGACCCUGGUUGGUCGUUCUUCGAUUUGAAAUUUCUUUUGGUUUUCCCUUCCUCCACAUUCCAAAUUUCCCUAGCCGCUUUUACUCCAGUGAACACUUGUUUACUCUGCUACUUCUUGAGAAUACCCUUUUGCCCAAAAAUUUUACAAAUUCAGAUCUAUGUUCAAAGAACCCUGGGCGAUUCUGUGAAUUGUUUCUGUGAAGCUUUCCUUUCAUGUACAUAUAUUUUCUUCAUUAUACGGACUUAAGGUGGUUUAGUUUCC